AUGUGUGGAAUCUUUGGCUACGUGAACUUCUUGGUGGACAAGACCAGAGGUGAAAUUAUGGAGAACCUCUUGGAAGGUCUCUCCAGAUUGGAAUACAGAGGCUAUGACUCGACCGGUUUGGCUGUUGAUGCUGAUGAUAAGUCUAGUAACAUCAUUGUCAAGGUCGCUGGUAAGGUCAAGCUCUUGAGAGAAGAAAUUGAGAAGACCAACGUGGUCAAGGACACCGUUUUUGACAACCACGUUGGUAUUGCUCACACCAGAUGGGCUACCCACGGUCAACCCACAGCUUUGAACUGCCACCCUCACCGUUCUGAUCCUAGCGGAGAGUUCGUUGUGGUGCACAACGGUAUCAUCACCAACUACAGAGAGUUGAAGACAUUGUUGGUCAGCAAAGGCUACAAGUUUGAGUCCGAGACUGACACAGAGUGUAUUGCUAAGUUGUUCAAGCACAUCUACGAUUCUAAUGCCCAGGCUGGUCAGUACAUCGACUUCAACGAUUUGACUAAGCAGGUGUUGUACGAGUUGGAGGGCUCUUACGGUUUGUUGGUCAAGUCUGUCCACUUCCCAGGUGAGGUCUGUGGUACCAGAAACGGUUCGCCUUUGUUGGUCGGUGUCAAGACCGAGAGAAAGUUGAAGGUCGACUUCGUCGACAUUGAGUUCCCAGAGAACCAGGAGAAGUUUGCCGGUCCAAAUGUGAACGGCGAGCUGAACUUGAGAACUUCCCAAUCGAGAGCCUUCUUCAAUGAGGAUGGUGUUCCUUCCCCUGUUGAGUUCUUCUUGUCUUCCGACCCAGCCUCUGUCAUUGAGCACACCAAGAAGGUUUUGUUCUUGGAAGACGAUGAUAUUGCCCACAUUUACGACGGUGAGUUGCACAUCCACCGUGCCAAGAAGUCCACUGCUGGCGAAUCUACUUUCCGUCCUAUCCAAACUUUGGAGAUGGAGUUGAAUGAGAUCAUGAAGGGCCCAUACAAGCACUUCAUGCAGAAGGAGAUCUUCGAGCAGCCUGACUCUGCUUUCAACACUAUGAGAGGUAGACUCGACUUCUCCAACAAUUCUGUUAACUUGGGUGGUCUCAAAUCGUGGUUGCCUACUAUCAGAAGAUGCAGAAGAAUCAUUAUGAUUGCCUGCGGUACCUCCUACCACUCUUGUUUGGCUACAAGAUCUAUCUUUGAGGAAUUGACUGAUAUCCCUGUCUCUGUUGAGUUGGCUUCCGACUUUUUGGACAGAAAGUCUCCUGUCUUCAGAGAUGACACUUGUGUCUUCGUUUCCCAGUCUGGUGAGACUGCCGACUCCAUGUUGGCCUUGCAAUACUGUUUGGAGAGAGGCGCUUUGACUGUCGGUGUCGUGAACUCUGUCGGCUCUUCCAUGUCCAGACAAACCCACUGCGGUGUCCACAUUAACGCUGGUCCAGAAAUCGGUGUCGCCUCCACUAAGGCCUACACCUCGCAAUACAUUGCUUUGGUCAUGAUUGCCCUCUCGCUCUCUAACGACUUUGUUUCCAAGAGAGAUCGUCACACUGAGAUCAUCCAGGGCUUGAAGGAGAUCCCAGAGCAGAUCAAGACUGUGUUGAAGCUAGAAGAGAAGAUCAAGAGCUUGUGCAAUGACUUCUUGAACGAGCAGAAAUCCUUGUUGUUGUUGGGUAGAGGCUUUCAACACGCCACUGCCUUGGAGGGUGCCUUGAAGAUCAAGGAAAUCUCCUACAUGCAUUCUGAAGGUGUUCUUGCCGGUGAGUUGAAGCACGGUGUUUUGGCAUUGGUUGACGGUGACUUGCCUAUCAUUGCCUUGGCUACCAGAGACUCUCUUUUCCCUAAGGUGAUGUCUGCUAUUGAGCAGGUGACUGCCAGAUCUGGUAGACCUAUUGUCAUCUGUAACGAGGGUGAUGACUUGUUGAAGGACAAGGCUUACGCUACCUUGCAUGUUCCAUUGACCGUUGACUGUUUGCAAGGUUUGUUGAACGUCAUUCCAUUGCAGUUGAUGAGUUACUGGUUGGCCGUGAACAGAGGCAUUGACGUCGACUUCCCCAGAAACUUGGCCAAGUCGGUCACGGUGGAGUAA